AUGUACACUUCAACUUUACUUUCCCUUUUACCCCUCCUCGCUGGUCUACCAGGUAUGACCGUGGCACUACCUCACCAUUCAGGACCGAAAUUACCUUUACCCGCUUUACUUCGUCGACAAGCCCAAGGUCAAGGGCAAGGUGCAUUGGAAUUACCUCCUUCUCUCAAUACACCCACUGCUUCUCUAUCCUUAUCGAUUUCAGACGACACACAACCCACACCAGUACCAGUGGAUCUACCAUCUUUAUGGCAAAUCAACACUGUCCCGCAAACGUUACUCGCCCAAGCACAACCCCAAGUGGAAUCAGUCACCACUUCUCCUACGGCCUCUGUAACUUCGAGUGGGGAUCUGUUUGUGCAAAAUACAGGAGAUUCAGGAGUCACUCCAACGUCCACAGCUGUUAAUAUGGCUACAGUGGAAUACCAAGGUGAUUCGCUGUUACAGCCUACCUCCAUUUCCAUGGUUAUGGCAGGAAUGGAUAUGGAUACGAGUACGAACACGAACACGAAUACGAAUAUGGACAUGGACAUCACGGCCGCUGCGGCUGCCGCCAUUACUUCGAUGGUCGGGAUCUUACCUUCGGGCUUUAAUGGUAAUAGUGGAACCAUCACUUCGUUUGCUAGUUCUACUUCAACUGCAUCUUCCACAACGACUAGUUCGGCUGGUACAGGAGCUUCAACAACAUCGAUGGUAUCUAACACGUCUUCUUCAUCUGCCAUAGUCUCUGCAACGGCAACCGUAGCGGAAGCUGCCGGUAUCACAUCUACAUUCACAUCCACUGAUACCUCCUCGACUCCCUCUACCUCCGCCUCGGACGAUAAGAGCAAGAAGAUCAGAUAUAAGCAUUGUUCCGAUACCAAAGGUACGGUCACGGAAAUCAAAGUGAAUCCAUGUGAGGGUGGUAAAGGAACUAUAUUGGAUCCGUGCCAUCUCCAAGCUGGAAAGAACUACACUAUAACUCUCACAUACGUUUCACCUGAAGAUUCAACUUCACCACGAGCGAACUUGGUGGCGAGAGAUAAAACUAUGUCAGAUGGUCAACAGCAUUUCCCUUAUCCCGGACAAUCAUUUGACGCAUGUCAAUAUACUUCAUGUCCUCUUACGAAUCAGGAAACUAAGAGUUACACAUACGAAUUUGCAACCAUGAACAAUCGAUUCGAUCAACUUACAUUUAACAUGACUAACGGCCUAGAUGGCGAUUCGCUUAUGUGUGCCUACUUCCCUGUGACUUUCAUGCCAAGUCUAGCGGGUAGGAGUUUAGGAAGGAAUGUCCCUUUUGGCGGGUUAGGAGCUAGGUGGUAUUAA